AUGCCAUCGAAGAGUUUAGAGAGGUGGACUCGCCAACAAUGCUUCGAUGUGUCGCCUGUGUUUGUGUGGAGUGUUAGCAUGGUCACGGCAAUUGCCCCGACGAUGGAUGGUGGAAUUUGGCUUUCUAGUGGCCUCUCCAUUCAUCAAUCAGACCCAACUGCCAAAUUUAAGGCAAAACUAGGCGCCGUCGAAAUGGCAGCUGGCACAACGUCUGUGCACCGUUCCAUGUCCAAUUUUUACCCUUCUACCAAGCCCGGUGGUGGGUUUGGGCGACCGAGGAGAGUUGGCCACCGCGUGGUGCGGUGCUGCGAGGUGGGUGUUGGGGUGGCGGAAAAGAAGACGGUGGUAGUGAAGAAUGGAAAUGAUUCACUUGAAAUUUGCAGAGUGCUUAAUGGGAUGUGGCAGACAAGUGGUGGAUGGGGCAGAAUCGACCGAGACGACGCCGUCGAAUCUAUGUUCAAAUACUCUGACGCUGGUCUCUCCACCUUCGACAUGGCUGACCAUUAUGGACCUGCAGAAGAUCUUUAUGGUAUAUUCAUUAAUAGAGUACGCCGAGAGCGCCCACCGGAGUAUCUGGAAAAUGUCAGGGGUCUUACCAAAUGGGUGCCACCACCCGUCAAGAUGACUAGUAACUUUGUUCGGGAGAGCAUAAAUGUCUCAAGGAAGAGGAUGGAUGUUGCAUCUUUGGACAUGCUUCAGUUUCACUGGUGGGACUAUUCUAAUUCUGGCUACCUAGAUGCGCUUAAACACCUUACAGAUUUGAAAGAAGAAGGUAAGAUCAAGACUGUUGCAUUAACUAACUUUGAUACUGAGAGGUUACAAAAAAUCCUGGAAAAUGGGAUACCGGUUGUUAGUAACCAGGUACAACAUUCAAUCAUUGACAUGCGUCCUCAACAGAAAAUGGCUGAGUUGUGCCAGCUCACUGGAGUUAAACUUAUAACGUAUGGUACCGUGAUGGGUGGACUAUUAUCCGAAAAGUUUCUUGAUACAAACUUGUCUAUUCCUUUUGCCGGCCCGCCAUUAAAUACUCCUUCACUGCAGAAGUACAAAAGGAUGGUUGAUGCUUGGGGAGGAUGGAGUCAAUUCCAAGUUUUGCUUCAGACCCUGAAGAAAGUAGCUUCAAAACACAGCGUUUCCAUUCCAACAGUAGCUGUGAAAUACAUCCUCGACCAGCCAGCUGUGGCAGGGUCGAUGGUAGGUGUUAGGCUUGGUCUAUCGGAACACAUUAAAGCCACAAAUGCCGUGUUUUCUCUUGUUCUUGAUGAAGAAGAUGUAAGCAGCAUACAAGAAAUUUCCAAGAGAGGCAAAAAUCUUCUGAAUGUAAUUGGUGACUGUGGAGAUGAAUAUAGGCGCUGA